GAUGACUUGGCUCUGUAUAUAUAUAACAAGGAAGUAUUUCAUAUCGGCGAGUAAAGAGACAACACCAGUUCAUUACAAGCCUUUUAUGUGCUCUUAUACGGACAAGCAUUGUUUAUCGUCCCGUCUGUCUGAAUUACCCGGCGAACCUGUCCGUCAAUCAUUGACAUGCCGCAGUCAAUGAGCGUCACGCGGUCUGUGAUUACCUGAGCAGUGAACGCAGCUAAUCUACUCGAUGCAAGCGGCACAGGUGAGAGAGAUCCGCUCUGUGUAAUACACGGCGCUCCAGCCAGCCAGCCGCGCUCACAAUCUCAGUGGUGAGAGAGGAAGGUGUGUGCGCGUGUGCUUGUGCCCUGCACGUGGAUUACGUCACUCUAGUGCCCGGAUGCAGGAAGUGGGAAGUUGUUGUGGAGUACGUACCUGUGCACGGAGUUAAAUAUGGAGAUUAACAGCGCUUUAUCCACGGACUGUGACGCCAUAACCGCAUGCACUGAAGAGAACGAGCUGCUAAAUGCCAACUCAAUCAAGAUGACCGAAGCCCCGUUUGGGAGAUCAGAUUCCGAGGAUGACAUCGUCGAAGACUACGAUGAUGUGAUGACGAUAAAGUCGACGUGUCUGCGAAACCGGACAGCCCUAGAGAAGGGUCUACUGGUCAUCGUGUUCCUUGCGCUAGUGGUCAUCAUUGGCCUGGCUGUAGGACUGACCAGACCCAGGGUAGUUCCGGGUAAGGUGGAGACAUACUGCAAGACACCCGCCUGUAUACAGGCCGCAAGCUCCAUCCUUAACGCCAUGGACCCCAGCGUGGACCCCUGCGACGACUUCUACCAGUAUGCAUGUGGGGGGUGGGAGCGGCAGAGCCCCAUACCCCCGGGCUAUCAGAUGUGGGACCGAUUCCAGGAGUUGUCGGGAAAGAACCUGUACGUGUUGAAGAAUCUUAUAGAAACCAACACAAUGACAGGUGAAGCCGUGGGUAAGGUGAAGCACUUGUACAGGAGCUGCAUGGAGGAGAGCGUCAUCAACCGGCAGGCAACUCUUGCCGACUUCCGGGCAAUUAUCAAGUCUGUCGGAGGCUGGUCACUUGACGAAGAUGACAGUGCUGGGACAUCAUGGGACUUCAGUUCAGCCAUAGAGAAAAUCCACUCCUAUGGAGCAUGGCCCCUUUUUCACGUUAAGGUCGACAUUGACGAGAGGCGCCCAACUGAACAACAUGUUCUCAAGUUUGACAUCGGCCAGACGGUGCUGCCAUCCGAUCUAUUCCCCUCUAUAAAGCAAAAUUCUGCCAAGCCAACUCCAUCACCUUCCCCUCCCCCAUCCCCAUCUCCAUCCACCAACACGUCCAACACCUCGACACCCUCCCCUUCACCAUCCCCUACCCCAACACCGACACAAAAGCAGCAACCAAAGAAGACGGUAGAAGAGGUAAAGAAGAUAUUUCUGGAGGAGACUGUCCAUAUUUUGAUGGCGUUUGGCAUGUCAAAGAAAAAUGCCACUGCGAGAGCUGAAAAGCUGUUGGAUGUGGAAAUCGCCAUUGCUUCGGCUACACCCAACACGUUGCAUUCACAUGACAGAAUGAGGUUAUACAACGUGAAAUCUAUAAAGGAACUGGAGACAAAUUAUACGCUGUCUCAGCUGAGUUGGCUUCAGUACCUGAAGAAACUGAACUUCGUCGUCACCGAAUCAGAUUACGUUGUAAUUCUUCAUCCGCACUACCUCACCAUCGUCACUCACAUCGUCGGGGACUAUUUGUCGCGCAAGAAUACAACACAGAUACUGCGAGACUACAUGGUUCUGUCGCUCGUGCGAUCUCUCAAGCCCUACUUCGAUCCCAAUACAUUUGAGGUGUAUGAAGAGUCGGGUGCAUUCAGGCCUCUUGAGAAAUUGAUAAUAGAAGAAGAAGAAGAAAUGAUUGAACAUUGGAAGCGAUGUGCCUUCUACACUAACUCUGCGAUGCAGUUUGCCACUGGUGCUAUCUAUGUCAGCGGUACUGCCCAUGGAGAGAAUGCAGAAAAGAUUGAAGACCUUAUUGUAUACGUUAAAAGUGCAUUCAAGGAUUAUCUUCUGAGGAAGUUCUGGAUGGACAAGGGCACCAGGACAAAGGCAUCAGAAAAGAUCGACCAUAUCAUAGACAAAAUCAGCUAUCCCUUGUAUAUUCUCAAUGCUACUUUCCUGGAUACCUAUUAUAAGAAUUUUGGGGUUGUUGGUGACUGGUUCAAGAAUAUUCAAACAUGGCGGAAGUUCCAGCUGCAACUUGCAAAUAAUCUGUUAACAGAAAAACCUGACAGGAAAAAGAGCUGGCUGCGUCCUCCGGUCACAGUGAACGCUUUCUACUCCCCCACACGGAACGACAUCAUCUUCCCCAUCGCGAUGUUCCAUCUUCCCUUCUACAUUCCAAAUGGACCAAAGUCCGUCAAUUUUGGUGCUAUGGGGUCCAUCAUCGGUCACGAAAUCACGCACGCAUUUGACAUACAAGGUCGCCAGUAUGAUCGAGUGGGCCGACUGGAUGAAUGGUGGGAUCCCCAUACAGCUGAAAACUUCGCGGAAACCACAAAAUGUAUGAAAGGCCAGUACGGACAAUUCACCAGAGAUGGUUAUGGGGUUAACGGGACCUUUACAUUAGAUGAAAAUAUUGCUGAUAAUGGAGGACUGCGAGCCGCAGCCUUUGCAUAUCACAUGUGGGUGGAUGAGAAUAAAGAAGAGACGCCCCUACCUGGGCUAAAUCUAACUCACAAUCAGGUGUUCUUUGUCAGCUUUGCACAGAUGUACUGCUCAAAAUAUACGAAUUAUGGCUUAUUGCAUCAUCUAGUCACGGAUCCGCAUAGUCCUGGCUUUGCGAGAGUCAACGGCGUUUUAGAAAAUUUCAAGACAUUUUCCUGGGCAUUCGACUGUCCAAAUGCUGCAAAAAUGAACUCCAGAAUAAAGUGUGAAGUGUGGUAAUAUCUUAUCCAUACUUCAUGAACGUCAGAAAUAUGAACGCUACACGAUGCUUCAAACUAAUCAGUUAAAAUUCAAUUGAACUUCCCUUCAUGAAUAAUCAAAACGCUGCUACCAUUAUCAAAGAAAAUAAUACAUUCGUAUCCACUGGUUCCCUUUGGUCCUAAUACCAUAAGUACAUUAAACUGGCAAGCGAUUACAUUAUACUCAUGUAUUAGAAUUGGGGUAUAUGAUCAUUUUAAACAAGAGAGACAAAAAUGAUUAUAGUCAAAAGAACAAUGGGGGAUAAAAUAUACCCAGUGCGAAGGUGUGUUAACUUAUGACGUACCGCGUGUAUUUUCAACUGAUAGCAAUGCCUAUGACGUAUUUACCCAGAUAUAUACCACUAUAUGUUUUAAGAAUCUAUUCAUGCAUAGCUUUCGUAAAUUAUGGUUUUAAGGCAUCGUGCUAGCGCUCAUUAAAGCAACCAGCAUCAUGUGAUAUGCAGUCUCCAUGUCUUCCAGAAUGAGGCCAUCGCCAUAUUGCCUACGCUAGAAAAUGAAGUCACGUGAUGUGAUUUAAAUUGAAGCACGUCACGUGAUAAUUCCAGCCGAGGUUUGCAGUAUUUCCUAGUCUGAUGGCGCGAAUGUUGUGGGUGAUCUCUUUGUGUGUGCUUACCUUAAAAAUAUUCUUGUUUAUUAUGUGGUGUGGCUAAUCGCUUUUUCCCAUCGGGUGAUACGAAAGUACGCUACACACUCGAUUUAGAAUUGAAUUAAGUUGGAAUAAGUACUUUGACCGUUAUGUAAAUAGUAAGAGUUUAAACGAAACUAUUUAGUUGCCACAACUUCUUGUUUCUGGUGUAGAUAAUAGUUUUUUUUACCUAUUGUUGUUUGUGUGAACUCACAAAAAGAAUUGUUUCGAUGUUGGUGUUCAUAAGUACAAUAUAUGUUGCUUUAAUCCUUCUUGUCCAGAGGGCCAGUUAAAAUACAGACAUUUAAAGUGUCUCGGCUGACCAUGUGUUCAGUGCUAUGUGAUUUACACAAUAUAGAAUCAUUACAGGGGCAUAACAGUCCAUGGAUAUAUUUUCAUUUAUCGUAAAUUAUGUUUUACGAGAAUUUCAAUUUAUCGAUUUUCCUUCCCAUAUUUAUCAUAUGAAUGAAAUCUUAUGAAAUAGCAUUGUAUAUAAACUUUUUUCUUGAACAUAUUAAAUUGGAUCAUUCAACAUGGCAUUUGUAUAUAUGAUUCACCAUGUGUCAGUACAAUUGUUACGGUAUAGUUUCUAGUUUAUGAACACUUAUUAUAUUUCCUAUGCAUGGUUGUGACCUCCAAAAGACCUAUUUUCCUACAACGAUAUGCAAUAUUAUAAAUGGAACGCGUUGCCAUGACGACAGUUUGCUGAUGUCAUAACAUUUAGCUGUCGUUGUUGCCAUGACGACACUAUGCUGUCUAUGUUUCCAUGACUAGAAGUUGUCGUUAUCGUGACACCAAGCUGUCCUAAUAGCCAUGACGACACCUCACACAAUUGUUUCCAUGACGACUUUCAGUUAUUCUUGUUGCCAUGACGACGUUAAGGUGGUCAUUUCAAAGUUGAUCUUUCCUUAUUGUAAUGUUUCAGUUUCAUAACUGGCUAUUGAAUAUAUAGUUUACAAUUGCUUUACCGUUUCGAAUGUUAUCGACUUAUUUCUUAAAUUCACUUAACAUUAAGCUUAUUGUACAUACAUUAUUUACCAUGUCCAUGCAAAACAUUGAUUAAGCUAUACUGUAAAACAAAAAAAGGUCUCACUGAAAAUACAACAGCUUUGGAGACCUGUUUGUUUAAAAGAGGGAUAUGAUUUGUGUGUCGAAUGAAUAAUUAUGCCAGUUUAGUUUGACAGCAUUACAAAAUGCCGUUUUCACUUCAGCCAUAAAAUGUGUUGCAGUUGGUUUCCACUGACAUCAUCUUGAAGGCGUUCAGGAUUUUCAUUUUAGUGUUUACUAUUAGCAAACAUUCUUAGUAAAUCAUUUUACAAUGACUUUAGACACCUUUGUGAGAGCGUAUCGUGCGUGAGUGAGUGUGAGAGCAAGGUAUCGGUUGUUAAAUAAGGUUAACAUUUUUUACUUCAAAUAAAUGCUAUUUUUAUUAAA